UGAUGGGAUCAUAGAGACCCGGAUGUCGGUACAGAUGAAUCGCUUGCUCUCCAGCACAGCACUGCCUUCAAAUUUAAUCUGCGUUCAUUUACGUCCAAGAUAAUGAUGUGGAUUCUGGGGGAUAAGAAAGUACGUCUGGUGACGUCACUGAUGGUACAGAUCGUAUGAUAUCAGCCACGACACGAUACAGCAAUCACCAGACUGGCUAAUCACGACACACCAUGGCCGAUAUCGAAGAUUCGAUCGACGACACCUCCUUCAGAUGUCUGCUUUGUUUCCAGCAGUAUGACUGUCCCCGUGAGCUUCCUUGUUUACACACGUUUUGUCGUCGUUGUUUCGACUCGUUUACACAGACCGAAUUAACUACCAACAGAACGUUUCCUUGUCCAAUCUGUGAGAAACCCACUCCGCUUAGCUGUCCAAAGUCUCCAGUGAGCACGUGGGCGUCUUUUCUUCCGCAUGGCCAGACUCAUCGACCGUCGUCUUUGGUGACACAGACUGGAGACGAUGGCGUUGUAUGUGAGGGGUGUCGGAGAGACGACGAGAACACUAGGGCGACACACUGGUGUCGGCAUUGCGUCGAAGCCCUCUGCUCGUCGUGUAAAAUCGCACACCGACGGAACAAAAAGACCAAUGACCACAAAGUUGUUGAAAUCAGUGCUAUAAGGAACCCCGGAUCGUCAGUGCUGCCUAUUUCUGUUCCUGAACGGUGUCCUCAACAUCCCGGCAAAACUUUAGAAGUCUAUUGUAUAGAUCACCAUACACUAUGCUGUAUCUUAUGUCUGGCAGUUUCACACCGGCAAUGCAGUCACGUGAGGAGUAUAGAGGACGUCUCACGAGAGCCCAUGUCGACCUGUGACGACACGUGGAUUAGGAUAGAGGCUGAAUCCAAGGUGUUGUUACAGAAAUAUGAUGAAGCAAUUUCCUCGUUAGACUUGGAUAAUGAAAACGCAAUUGCAUCGAUGAUCGCAAAGCUUGACGCGGUCAGAAAGAAAAUAGAUGAACUUCAGAUGAAAUUCGACGAGGAUGUUAAAGCUGUACGUGAUGAAAACAAACAAUAUCUCCUACAUCAUAAACGGAACGCGGAACAAUUUCACACUAACGUGACAAACACGCGACUGCUUAUGUCCAUGGUAGAGGGACACAUGACGUCCCGCCAGGCCUUCAUAGCACGUGACCAGGCCAGUGUACAACUUACGGGGCAUUACCAGCGUCUGACCCAUAGACUACUUCAGGGUCACAACAUGUACAAGCUAGAAAUUGAGGUGGAUGACUUUGUCGAUAAGAUGAACUCGAUAUCUGCUGUAGGCCGUGUCAAGGUAAUCCCUUCGGUGUCAGACACAACCAAGCAAGCUGUGACAUCAAUCGGAACGACACUGGAAUCCAUACGUAAAUCACAUGCUCUUUCAUCAUUCGCCGAUUCAAUGUCGUCAUCAGACAUGUUAGGAUCAUUAACAAGAGGUAAAUUGCUGGUACGAAAGAUUGAGCCAAAACCAGAAAUGAAAACUGUUGAAUCGCACCUGGUGAAAUCCGUCCAGUCAAAAGAUCUUGGUGGAAAACAAGUAAUUUUGCUAACUGGUGGUGCGUUUGUCGAUGAAAAGUGGCUAGUUAUGGCGGACUGUAACAACAAAAGGGUGCUGUUGUUUGAUGAGAGUUAUACCUAUAUAAAACAAUACGCCAUUGACGGAUGUCCGACGGAUGUCGUCAAAGGGAGCAAGAAAAGCGAGCUAUACAUAGCAGUGUUUAAUAAGGAAAUCCUCCGGUGCUCUCUUGCAUCCGGGCAUCUUGACGUGAUUGCGAGAACAGGAUGUCCUACUUUAACAUGUAGUAUAGAUUUAUUGGACGAAAAACUGAUAGUUGUGACGUCAGACUCUGUCAAGGUAUUGGAAGAUGACGGACAGGAAGUGAACAGUGUCCAGAUACCUACCACCGGAAGUACAUGUAUCGGGGCGUGUAGUCAGCGCCACAUGUACUAUCACAGGGACCAUAACUCUGUUGUUGGUCGAGCACUUGAUGGCCGUGAGCAAACCCGUUAUACACAUCCACACCUCCGUGACCCGGUGGGUUUAUGUUCCGAUAAAUAUGGUCAUAUGUUUGUGUGUGGCUACCAAUCAGGAAACGUCCACCAGAUGGCGCCUGAUGGAAUUACAGGGAGAAUUCUGCUGAAGAAACUAGACCAAAUCAAGCAUCCUUGGGCUGUGAUUGUACAUCAGAGCAAAUGCGAGUUUGUCGUCACUUCCUGUAAAGAAACAGUGGCAUUUGAAGUGUAUCAAAUUGUGCCUAAUAAGUGACGUCACUUCCUGUAAAGAAACAAUGGCAUUAAAUGUGUAUUGAAAUAUA